AUGACUUGGAAGGAGGCUCAAGCUUUCUGCAGAGCAAACCAAGCUGACCUGGCCACCGUCGACAGCAUGGAGGACCACGUCCGACUGUUAGAGAGCAUUAACCGGACGGAUGUCAGCGUCUGGCUUGGUCUGACGAAAUCAAAGACGAAGCGGUGGAUGUGGUCUGAGGGCAUUGGGACAGUUACAGCUACCAGGUGGCGCAGCACGAAAUUCGCUGAUGACAGCUAUGGGGUAGAACACUACACCCUCCAUACCAAACUCAUGUCAUGGAGAGCUGCUCAGACCUUCUGCAGACAGCAUUACACGGAUCUGGCCAGCGAGACAACUGAGGCGCAGCAUGUGAACGUCUACAGGAGUGGACAACACAAAUAUGUUUGGAUCGGGCUGUUCAGAGACUCCUGGACGUGGUCUGACCAAAGCACGGGCUCUUUCAGAAACUGGCACAAAGGUAUGCCUGACGACGCUGGAGGGAGACAGAACUGUGCUCGGAUCGCAACGGCCUUCAAAAAUCAGUGGGACGAUGUUUCCUGUGCAAACAAAUAUCCUUUUGUCUGUAACAAUAUUCAGCUGAAUGAGGACACCUGCGGCGGGAAACGGCUCAUUCGUUUCCACCUGCCAUGA